UGGAAAAAGUCAUCUCUCAACUUGGUGAAAAUUUUUCCCUUAAAGACUUGGGUGAAUUACAUCAGUUUCUUGGUAUGGAAGUCCAUAAAACUGAAAAGGGUCUCUUUCUCUCACAAGAAAGAUAUGCUCAGGAUCUUCUUUCAAGACUUUCAAUGUACAAUGCUAAAGGAUGCAAAAGCCCCAUGUCAACAAGUUGCAUUUUAUCCAAAAACAAAUCAGACAGUAGCAUUGAUGGCACUUUGUUUAGAAGAAUCGUUGGAAGCCUUCAGUAUCUAACUAUAUCAAGACCAGAGAUAUCCUAUGCAGUUAACAAAGUGAGCCAGUAUAUGUCUCACCCUCAUGAGGAACAUUGGAAAGCAAUUAAGAGAAUACUGAAGUAUAUUUCAGGAAGCACUCACCUUGGUUUGGAAAUUGCUAAAUCUGAUAAUUUGAGUGUGGUUGGAUUCUGUGAUUCAGACUGGGCAGCAGACUUGGAUGACAGGAGAUCAACAAGUGGCUUCUGUGUUUAUAUAGGAGGUAAUCUUGUAUCUUGGAGUUCAAGAAAACAGGCUUCAGUUUCUAAGUCUAGUGCAGAAGCAGAAUACAAAAGCCUUGCUCAUGUGACUUCAGAGGUGUUAUGGAUUCUCAGUUUGCUAGGAGAAUUGCAUUUUCAGUCUGCUACUAAGCCUAGUCUUGAACAUCAUCCUCAGCCCCCAUUUUCUGUCAACUUAGUGCAGUCUGUUAAGAAGGAAGCUUGUUUAGACUUAUGGCACAAAAGACUUGGUCAUUGUAGUUAUGAAAUUGUUAAGAGUGUCUUGAAGUCCUGUAACCAGUCUUUUGAUUUGAAUACAAAUGUCACUUUAUGUUCUAUAUGUGUUGUCUCUAAAAUUCACAAGCUGCCUUUCAAUGAUUCUGAAACUGAAUACACAUUGCCAUUUGAACUUGUUCACUCUGAUCUUUGGGGACCUUCUCCCAUUAAAUCCAAAACAAGUCACCUAUAUUAUCUUAACUUUGUGGAUCAGUUCACCAAAUUUACAUGGAUCUUCUUUCUCAAACAAAAAUUUGAAGUCUUUGAUAUCUUCCUUCACUUCAAAACCAUGGUUGAAACACAAUUUGGUUUCAAAAUUAAAAAUCUUCAAACUGAUUGGGGAGGGGAAUACAGAUCACUCGAUCCUUUCCUUCAGUCUAAUGGAAUUACUCAUAGAGUUUCUUGCCCAUACACUCCUCAACAAAAUGGAACUGCUGAAAGGAAACAUAGACAUAUCACUGAAAUGGGAUUGUCUUUAUUAAACCAAUCCUCCUUGCCCUUAAAUCACUGGGAUGAUGCCUUUGCCACUCUU